AUGUAAAACCAAUUUAACGAACAAGAACUACUAUAUAUAAUUAAGAACUAUUCUAAAUUAUUAAGUUUGUUUGAAGAUCAUAAUUAAAAAUAAACUUAAGUAAUUAUUUUAAUAGGAGUGACUGGUGCUGGUAAAAGUACUUUAUUCAAUUUCUUGAGCGGAGCUGAGUUUGACAUGAUUGGUAAGGAAAAUUAAUAAUUCUUAAAUAUUAAAGAUGGAGCAUAACAAUUUGCUGCCAUAAAAGGAGGAAUGAAAUCAAUCACAAAGAGUCCUAAUUAUUACUUUUCAGAAAUGUACAAUGCAUUAUUAAUAGAUUUUCCUGGAUUCUAAGAUACAGAUGGAAAGAUAGAUUAAGUUCUUAUAUAAUUAUUAUUUUAUUAAAUAUGCAGAUCCGCAAAUGUGAAAAUUGUAUAUGUUGUUAAACAUCCAGAAACUCGUUUUAAUAACAGAGGAACUUAAAUUUAAGAUUUCAUAAGGCAAACAUUUUAAGGAUAAAAUUUAGAAAUGUCUUAAAUUUGUUUGAUGCUAAAUUGCUAUAAUGAUAAAUUAUCAGAUGAUAAUCUAAUCUAAAAUGUUUAAGGUUAACUUGAAUAAAUUUAUAGAUGUAGGCCUCAAAAUAUUUGUGUUAUGAGAAAAAUAAAAAAACAUUAAGAUAUUUAACAACAUUUUACUAUUCAAAAAAGAGAUUUUUUAUUUUAAUAAUUUUUGAAAUCCAAUUCUGUUUUUAUAUUUCCUCAAUAUAUACCUUAAAGCGAAUUAAUUAGUCAAUAUUUAAGUGAAAAAAGUGAAAAAAUUUUAGAACAAUUAAGUUCAACUUUAGAGAAGAGUUUGGAUAAUUAGAUUGAAAAUCUUAAUUAUGAAUUAAUAAAAAAAGUAGAAAAUUCUUUAAAAGAGAUAUCAAUAACAAUUAACAAUUAGUAAAAAGAUAUGGUUUAAUGGUUUUUAGAACUAAUUAAUUUAUUGAUAAGAUCAAAUGAACUUUUAAACUCCGAAAAUACAACAAAUUUAAGUUAUUAAAAUUUUUUGACAAUAUUUAAUUUUUUUGCUUCUUUUUCAGAAUUUAUUUCUGGAUUUGAAGAUAUAAGACAUAAUGGAAUAAUUGCUUAAGAGAAGUGUGAGAUUAUCAUAAAGAUUGUUUAAACUAAAAUUGAUGUUCUUGUAAAAUAACGAGAACUUUUGGAAGAAGAAGAGCAAAAAAGGAUAGAAGCAUAGGAAAGACGAAGAGCUGAAAAAAAUCGUCAACUAGAAGCUUAAUAAGCAUAAUAGGCUUUAUAGAAUUUCCAAAAAUAAUCUGUUUUACAUUGUGAUAUAUAAAAUAAUUUGAAUAAAGAAAUUAAAGAAACUUUUGAAGUUAAAUUUUUAAAUUAAGAAUUAAUCCAUAAACAUUAAUAAUUAGAAUAUGAUAACUAAAGAUAAAAAGAGAAUAAACUGAAUGAAUUAAGAAAAAUUUAAUAAAGUACUUAAAUUUCUUAAUCACAAUUAAAUCUAAUUGAUGAUGAAUAGGGGAUUAGUUAGAAAAAAAUAGAUGAUCUAACUAAAUCAUGUUAAGAAAUCUAGAAGAAAAAUAAUAGCGAACAUGAAAAGUUCGAAAAAUUAUUUCAAUAAUAUCUUGAAGAAAAUCAUUCAAUUAACGAAACUAUUCAUAUUGA